AUGGUUUCCCAAUUGUUUGAAGAAAAAGCAACUGCUGUUAACAACCUACCAACUAAACCAAAUCAAGAAGAAUUGUUAAAAUUGUAUGGUUUGUAUAAACAAGCUACUGUUGGUGAUAAUACUAAUGAAAAACCAGGUCUUUUCAACUUAAAGGAUCGUUACAAGUGGGAAGCUUGGGAAAAGUUAAAGGGCAUGUCUCAAGAAGAGGCCGAUGAAGAAUAUAUUAAGUUUGUCGAUGAACUAAUUGCCAAGUACAAAGCUUGA